UGGGGAGCACACACGUGGAGCACUGAUGUCUCCCCACUUCUCCUACAGAUGAUGAGCUGCAUGGCCAAGGCAAUCACACUGCAAGUAACGUGAGCGAUGGACCAGGAAUGAACACCACCGUUAACGAAUUUGACACCAUCGUCUUGCCUGGGCUCUACCUCGUUAUAUUUGUGGCAAGCAUCCUGCUGAAUGGUCUAGCCGUGUGGAUCUUCUUCCACAUUAGGAAUAAAACUAGCUUCAUAUUUUAUCUCAAAAACAUAGUGGUCGCUGACCUCAUAAUGACGCUGACAUUUCCCUUUCGAAUAGUCCACGAUGCAGGAUUUGGACCCUGGUACUUCAAGUUUAUCCUCUGCAGAUACACUUCAGUCCUAUUUUAUGCAAACAUGUAUACUUCCAUCAUGUUUCUUGGGCUGAUAAGUAUCGACCGCUACCUGAAGGUGGUAAAGCCAUUUGGCGACUCUCGCAUGUACAGCAUAACUUUUACGAAGGUUUUAUCUAUUUGUGUUUGGGUGCUCAUGGCUGUUCUGUCCUUGCCAAACAUCAUUCUAACAAAUGGUCAACCAACUAGGGAAAAUAUUCAUGACUGCAUCCAGCUUAAGAGUCCCUUGGGAGUGAAAUGGCAUAAGGCCAUUGUCUAUGUCAACAGCUGCCUGUUUGUGGCUGUGCUGGUGAUACUGAUCGGAUGUUACAUAGCCAUAUCCAGGUACAUCCAUAAAUCCAGCCGGCAAUUCAUAAGCCAGUCGAGCCGAAAGCGAAAACAUAACCAGAGCAUCAGAGUGGUGGUGGCUGUGUUUUUUACCUGCUUUCUGCCCUAUCACUUAUGCAGGAUUCCUUUUACUUUUAGUAACUUGGACAGACUUUUAGACGAAUCGGCACACAAAAUCCUGUAUUACUGCAAAGAAAUGACACUCUUCUUGUCCGCGUGCAACGUGUGCCUGGAUCCAAUAAUUUACUUUUUCAUGUGUCGCUCAUUUUCAAGAAGGCUAUUCAAGAAAUCAAAUAUCAGAACCAGAAGCGAAAGCAUCCGAUCACUGCAAAGUGUCAGAAGAUCAGAGGUCCGCAUAUACUAUGAUUAUACUGAUGUGUAA